AGCGAACCGGAGGGAGCGAGGCACGGAGCGCACCUCCCAGUCACCUAGGAUCUCCAGAGUGAAGCUCCCUGUGGUCUGGAUCCGACCUUGGCAAAACUAUGGAGCAGUACACAACAAAUAGCAAUAGUUCAACCGAGCAGAUUGUUGUGCAGGCUGGACAGAUUCAGCAGCAGCAGCAGGGUGGUGUCACUGCUGUCCAGUUGCAGACUGAGGCCCAGGUGGCAUCGGCCUCAGGCCAGCAAGUCCAGACCCUCCAGGUAGUCCAGGGGCAGCCAUUAAUGGUACAGGUCAGCGGAGGCCAGUUAAUCACAUCAACUGGCCAGCCCAUCAUGGUCCAGGCCGUCCCUGGUGGACAAGGUCAAACCAUCAUGCAGGUGCCUGUGUCUGGAACACAGGGUUUGCAGCAGAUCCAGUUGGUUCCUCCUGGACAGAUCCAGAUCCAAGGCGGACAGGCUGUGCAGGUGCAGGGCCAGCAGGGACAGACUCAGCAGAUCAUCAUCCAGCAGCCCCAGACAGCUGUCACCGCUGGCCAGACUCAGACACAGCAACAGAUUGCCGUCCAGGGGCAGCAGGUGGCACAGACUGCUGAAGGACAGACCAUUGUCUAUCAGCCAGUUAAUGCAGAUGGCACCAUUCUCCAGCAAGUUACAGUCCCUGUUUCAGGCAUGAUCACCAUCCCAGCAGCCAGUUUGGCAGGAGCACAGAUUGUUCAGACAGGAGCCAAUACCAACACAACCAGCAGUGGGCAAGGGACUGUCACUGUUACCCUGCCAGUGGCCGGCAACGUGGUCAACUCAGGAGGGAUGGUCAUGAUGGUGCCUGGAGCUGGUUCUGUACCUGCCAUCCAAAGAAUCCCUCUCCCCGGUGCGGAAAUGCUUGAGGAAGAGCCUCUCUAUGUGAAUGCCAAACAGUACCACCGUAUUCUUAAGAGAAGGCAAGCCCGAGCUAAGCUAGAGGCAGAAGGAAAGAUUCCCAAGGAAAGGAGGAAAUACCUACAUGAGUCUCGGCACCGUCAUGCUAUGGCUCGGAAACGGGGUGAGGGUGGACGAUUUUUCUCUCCAAAGGAAAAGGAUAGUCCUCAUAUGCAAGAUCCAAACCAAGCUGAUGAAGAAGCAAUGACACAGAUCAUCCGAGUGUCCUAACCCCAGACCAUUGACAGAGCUGAUCAAGGUCGGGUUCCUUGCUGCUGUUCCAGGAAAUUGAUGAUGACAUUCUGCCCUUUUCUACAGGACAGAAACCACUUAGUUUUUAAUUAAGUGGCUCAGUAUUAUAAUUGCAGCAGUGGUGUCUGGCAAAUUGAAGUUGCAAGCCUUUUGUCCACCCUUCCAGUCAAGACCUAUCUCAGAUCAUCGAUAACAUUGACAUUUCAUGGAUUAAAAGGAUGCAAGGAGACACAUGCCAGCCCAGCAGUACACAAAGCACUUACAUUGACUGGUGAAGCCAGCCAGCCAUCUCCACAGGGAACAACCUUCUCAACCUAGACUGCACUCAGGGAGGGGCAGUGCACAGCUUUCCAUGGAAUCUGGACAGCAUCCAUAUCCCUGCUGGGGAAAUGCAGGCUGACUCACUGAAUAGACUCUUUGUAUUCAGAGAUGGCUUCCAGGCAAGGAAGUUCUUUCCAUCUUGUGAUAUGGAAACAAUAAAUUCCCUGACACACGCUCAUCUGAUCUGUGGUAAUAAUAAGAAUCUGUCUGUACAGAUGGCAGGUUGAUAUUUUUGGACUCCAGCCAAGAAAAGGCUUAAUCCUGAGAAUAAAGGAGUAGAAGACUCAAGCACUAACAAUACACAUUGUUGAAUCUCUUUGUAUCUUUGACAAGUUUUGGGAUGCUUGUCCCUCUGUUGACAGGUCAUCUGGACCAUAGUUCCUGCUGUGGCUGCUUUUAAGACAAAUUCAAGGAUAUCAUGCCUUGAAACUGCCUUUACUAAGUAAAGAACAAAACUCUUCAACACCAUCUGUGCUGAGGCACUGAGGACACUGGCAGUGAUUCCUAAAUGGGGAGCCAGGCCAGGGAUUGGGGAGUUUGAAGGUUCGUACGUGUUUGGAAGGAGAGAGGCGAGGGGUAGGAGCUAUCCCAUGUUUUGUUUCAGAGUGCGAAUUUCCAGGGGCUGGAUACCUGGAGUCAGUCCUUCAGAUGAAGAGACUAAAUCACAUUUACACUUAGGAAGAAGUCUGAGAUUGGGCCUUGGACAAUUUCUGGAAAGCAGUGUUCAGUCACAAGAACUGGCUACUUGAUCAUGAGGUAGAUGUUAGCUUCAUUCAUGUUGGCCUCGAGAGCAAACAUUCUCCCCCUUCCCACAGCAGUGAUUCUCUGGAGCCAGUUUUCAUUUCUUUUCCCACAGGGGUUGGGCACAAAGGUUUUCCCAUUGCAUGCAUGUUGUGGGAAUAACCUGUAGACCGGAAGCAGAACGCCUGCGGAUUCAGGAACUGGUCCGCAGCUCUAGAGUGGGUGGUGCUUCAGCAGUCCAUCUGUUUCUCCUAGAUGUUUGAAGUCGAAGAGAACCAUGCUAAGGUAUUUCAGAAGAGUGAAAAGAAACAAACAAACAUCACAAAGGAAGGUGAUGGUGAUGGCCAAACUAGAUGUACAGAACUAUGCAAAGGUGUCCAGGUGUGGAAAUGGCUUCCUCAAGCCAGGAAUCGAUCCUGUGUCUGGGCUUCCAGAAGCCAGAGAGGCUGACCCCUUUUGGUAAUGUCACAAGGACCUCCUGGCUCUUCACAUGAGUUUCAGAUACCUUCAUUCAGUCAGUCCCAUGAAACAGGAGUUUUCUAUCCCUUUGGUGUUUAUAAGUCUAAGGGGCAAAAUUCAGCAAGAAAUUUCUCAGACCUGAUUUCUAGUGCUUAAGCCAACAGCAGUUCUAAAAUGCUAUUUAUUUGUGUUUGUAAGUUUGUACAUAAUACAAACCUCAUAUUGUU